AUGGUAUAUUAUAUUGAAUUUUCUCUAGCCUUUAUCUUUGAAAUGCAAGCAAUUGCCAUUUCAAUGUUUAUAUUUAUAUAUUUUGCUCAAAAUCCAAGAAUUCGUUUGAAACGACAACAUCAUAGUUGGCUUGUCUUAUUGUCUAUGAAUUUCUUACAAUUAAUAUUAGAUUUACCUGUAGCGAUGAGUUUUUAUUAUCGAGAAAGAGUUUGGCCUGAAUCAAAUGCAUUUUGUUUAGCGUGGGUAUGGUGGAGUUUUUCUGCUGAUGCAAUAGCAUUAUAUUUAAUGGUAUGGAUAGCAAUUGAAAGACAUUUACUUGUUUUUCAUUCUCAAGAAUUACUUCGUGGACAAUGGAGAAAAUUAUUAUUUCAUUAUAUACCCAUCAUUAUUUGUCUUAUAUGGCCACCAAUUGUCUAUCUCGGCUUAGUUGUCUUUCCUGCACAAUGUACAAAUGCAUGGGACUUUGGAACACUUCUUUGUGGACCACCCUGUUACACUUAUACAGGAACUUAUGGUAUAUAUGAUUUUAUUUCUAAUGUUAGUGUUCCUCUUCUACUUAAUGUUUUGAUAAAUAUUUUAUUAAUUAUUCGAGUAAUCAAAGGAAAAAUGUCUCGUCAACCAGGUAUUGACUGGCGACGACAUCGUAAAAUGAUAUUACAAUUUUGGGCAAUUUCGACACUUCAUAUAGCACUUUGGUCACCUCUUGUAACAGUAAGUCUUAUUCAAAUGACUGUAGACCCUUUAUUUAUGAUCGAUCAAUAUACUACAUUGGAAUAUAUUUUAUAUUAUAUGCCACUUAUAUUACCAGCAACAUGCUUAUUUGGUAUGCCUGAAAUAGUUAACAAAAUAAAGGAUUUUCUCUUUAAACGAAGAACAAAUGUGGUUACUGUAGGUGAUUUAGCUCGUACACGACAAACACGACAAACACAACAAAAUGUUACUGUUCGUUGA